GGUUCCACCAUUCUGUGCUGCCCUAACUUGACUUAAGUGAGGUCUUGCUGCAACCUCAAGCAGUGCUGACUGAUGAUUGCAGUGUUGUGGAGUCGCCUGGCUGUUUCCUUAUUAUAGUUUUCCCAGUUUUAUCUAGUACGUUACAAAAUAUUUUCUCCGAAGUGAAGCGUGAUACGUUUGUCCAAGAUGUCUGUGGCCGGGCUGAAGAAACAGUUCCACAAAGCCAGCCAGCUACUCAGUGAAAAGAUCAGUGGGGCAGAGGGAACAAAACUGGAUGAAGACUUCAUGGAGAUGGAGAGGAAAAUUGAUGUGACCAACAAGUCAGUGUUUGACCUCUUGUCCAAAACAACAGAAUACCUCCAGCCUAACCCAGCUUCUCGAGCCAAACUGAACAUGCUGAACACAGUGUCUAAGAUCCGAGGGCAGGUGAAGACCACUGGCUACCCUCAGACUGAAGGCCUGCUGGGAGACUGCAUGCUGCGCUAUGGACAUGAACUGGGGGAGGAUUCUGUUUUUGGCUGUGCUCUGGUGGAUAUGGGUGAGGCCAUGAGGCAGAUGGCAGAUGUGAAGGACUCCCUGGACAUAAAUGUCAAACAAAACUUCAUAGACCCCCUGCAGAAUCUACAAGACAAGGACCUCAAAGAAAUCACGCACCACCUGAAGAAGCUGGAAGGUCGCCGGUUAGACUUUGACUAUAAGAAGAAGCGUCAAGGGAAGAUCCCAGACGAAGAGAUCCGGCAGGCUGUGGAGAAAUUUGAGGAGAGCAAAGACCUGGCCGAGAGGAGCAUGUUCAACUUCCUGGAAAAUGAUGUGGAACAGGUGAGCCAGCUGUCUGCGCUGAUCGAGGCAGCUGUGGAGUACCACCGGCAGUCUUGUGAAAUCCUGGAGGAACUUAGCCAAAAACUGCAGAAGAGGAUAUCCACAGCCAGCAGCCGACCCAAGAGAGAGUUCAAACCAAAGUCCAUCAGGAGCAGCAUUGAGACUCUGGACAGCAAUCAGCACAAUGGCCUGUCCUACAGCUCCUCGCUCAGAUCCACUGAUAUCCAGAUCAACCACACAGUCAAUGGGAAAACUCCUCCACUGUCAUGGCCUGAGAGCCCCACUACCAAUGGCAAUAUUCACCAGUCGGAGGUGCUGGACCAGCCAUGCUGUCGCUCCCUUUAUGACUUUGAGCCAGAGAACGAGGGUGAGCUGGGCUUCAAGGAGGGCGACAUCAUCAUCCUCACCAACCAGAUAGAUGAGAACUGGUACGAAGGCAUGAUCAAUGGCGAGUCUGGCUUUUUCCCCAUCAACUACGUGGAAGUCAUUGUCCCCCUGCCUCAGUGAGGACCGCCACCUCGAGUCCUCUGCAGACUCCCUUACGCCUCGUCACACUGGGCCUCUGUCCUCGAGCUUGGGUCGGACGUGAAAAUGCACAGGGUCACCUCAGCUCGAAGUUGAAAAAAUGUCUCUGUCCUCUUUUUAAUUUCAAACCGAGCCAGAGAGGUGGUAGUUUUGUCGCACUCAUUACGUUGUUUUCUCUGUUAAUAUUUAUGAACCUGAAGCCAACUCAAACCCAAGCCAUUAAGUGGGGCACUCUUCCUGACCAAGGUGAAAACCUCUAGAAGUCGUCAAACUGCGUAAAUCCAUCCUGUCAGUCCUUCGGUGACAGAGUUUGGCCCCUGAACACGAAGGACUGGACAUCAAUAUGCAUUUCAGGAUAUUUUCUGUCCCGUUACGUUGUCAUAGUUAGUCCCAAAAUGAUAUAAGGUUUGUAUUUGCAUCACAAAUCCCUUCCUAGAGAUGGCUUGAACUGUCACGGAUCUCAUCAUUCUGACCGCACACUAGCUAGCUAGGAGGCAAACAUAAUCAAAGUACAAAUGCAGUCAGGUGAUGAUCAGCUUUGUGUGUAAAGAGUGGUUCAUCCAAAUGAGUUAAUUUGGUUUUAUUAGUGCAUGUUUUGCAACAUUUGUCUCUGAGGUUUAUGAAUCCAAAUGAAGACAUUGAGGGUGAACAGAAUUUCAUUUAUGGUGCUCACAAUGAAAAACAAUUCAUUCAAUUCAAUUCAAAUCAAGAGGUUUGGUGGGAUUUAUUUUAAUUUGGAUGAACUGAUCCUUUAAAAAGGAGUGAAGAGUUGGUGACAUUUUUUCAGCCAGUGCUACCCUAUACAACCUUCAAUGUAACUGCCUCUGUCCUGUAUUCCACUGAGUUUGUGUUUUAUGUUUUAAAAGCAUUUUAUGUCCCGUGUUAUUAUCCAAACACAAGCCUCACUUUUCUUAGUGUUUGUGGUGCUUUAUGAGGCCUUCACAAGUGAAGUCUUGCCAAAGUUCAAGGAUAAUUUCAAUUUUUUACAGCUUAGCUCGUUUUCAUAGUUUUAUCAGUUGCAAAUUACAAUGUGCUCUUAAGUUAAAGGAGCAGUUCACCCAGAAAUGAAAAUGAUGGCAUUAUCUACUUACUCCCAUGCUAAUGGAAAGUUGUAUGGAGAAAACAUUCCUGCUUCAGGCGAUUUCAGCAUCCUCUUUAAUAACUGAAGAAGCUGGGCACUUGUUUUAAGUUGUAAAAAAGGCAACUGAAAAUCAUGAGUUUUGUUUGAUUCACAGGUGGAGUUAAGACCCAGACAACUUGUGAUUAGCCACAACAGUAGUCUGUAAAAAGCCAUUGAUGCCUCCCCUAAUGAGCAACACACACGGCAUUUAUCGUUCCAUUUUUUUUUUUUUUUGUUUCAAAACAAGUCCCCAUCUUCUUUAGUUGUUGAGGAGAAUGCUGUUUUGCUGUGAAGGUUCAGAGCUGUAUUGUAAAACUUCACCCAACUUUCCAUCAGCAAAGGGCUCAGUCGAUAACUUAAAUUUGGAGGCGAACUGCUCCUGUAAGUGCAGAGUUUGGGGUGAUAUGCUGUGAUUGCUUCAACGUAGUAGCAGAUGGGUCAGGAAACACCAGCAGUAAGACAGUUAGGUUGUAAAGCAACACUAACCAAUAGCUUUACACCUACGAUAGUGUGGCUUGUAGUCAUCAACCGUCUAUCAUUUGCACUUCCCCUCUGCUCCGUGAAGCAUGACAGCAUGUUUUUAAGUCAUUGUUUUUGCUUUAAAAGGAUGUGAAAUCCCUGCUUUGGUUCAGUCUCACUGUUCUUAUCAACGUUUUUCCAGCAGCAGCAGGCCUGCAUAUCCGCUCUAUCCAGGUUUUACUGGUCAACAUAUGAGGCUUUUCUGUUGGCACUUUUGGCGGCAAUGAUUGGCACUAAUUUGCGUUUCUAUUACCAUCUCUGGAGUUGGGCCAAAGUUGGCCAGACCGGCCCCCAUGAUCCCCCUUCUCCCCCUCACACGAACUUGUGUUGCAAGACUUAACUCAUGUCUGUGAGUUUAUAAGGCCGUAAUAUGUGCUAAUAGUUGUGUGAUGUUCAGCUUGUUGUGAAAUUCUGCCCCCCGAGAGGCCAAAUAAAAAUAAUGCUGCUUUAAACAAACACCCAGGUUAGACAAAUGUAUUUGGAAGAGAAAAUGAAGAUGCAAGGUAAAACUGUUAGCCAGUCUUUAAGUUGUAAACAUUCAUCACACUUCCAUUUGACCUACUUUACUUUCCAUAGUUGUGUGCAGGAAGUGAGAAUUAUUAGUAAUGUGUCAGUCAGUAAGUCUACUUGUCUGCUGCUUGCUUGACUGCUUGUGUUUCUUUGUUUUUAUUUAUUUUAUUUCUUUUUUAUUUUUUUGCUGGGCUUUGUUGCAAUGAUGCUUCCAUGUUCCCAGGUGAUGUUAUGACGAGCACAGUGCUGUCAUGUAAGUCAGAGAACUGAGGGCCGUUGUUGUGUGUCCUUUAAAAUGUGAAAGCAGACAUUUGGUCAGUGUGGGCCGUAGCUCGAAGGCGCUCGUCCAAGCAUUCCGUUGCUCUUUAUUUUAUACAUGCUUCUAAUUUGUGAACAUUUGAAGCCAUUCCUCUUGAAGAGUGACCGCACAGAACUCACAGGAGUAAAGUCACCAGUGUUUAAAGGCCUCACAUUCCACUGGGCUCACGGACACUAGGUGCUGUAUAAGUACUUUGUUAGACUAGAGAAUGUCUCUCUCUCUCUCUCUCCCUAUCUCUGCCUUUCUGUUUACAUGCUCUGACUCAUUGUGACCCCUCCCCCUCUCUGUGUCAAAUAGGGAUGAAUGCCUUGUCACACUGAAAUCGCGAAAGUCCUUCUUGAAAUGUCGUAUGUAUUGCACUGAAGGUUUAGAAACUACCUACCGCUGACGGACAUGCACCCUUUUGUUUAUCUUUUUUUCUUCAAUGUUCAUUCAUUUUGUGUUAUUCACAAUGGGGUUAGAAUCACUACCAUAUCAGAUAUAUAUAUAUAUAUAUAUGUGAAGUCAGAAUGGUAAAUACUUAGAUUUAUAUAACCAGAGAUGUUCAUUGUCUUGUACUAUUAUGAAUCCACUAUCUCAGUUGUUGUAAUGUAGAUUGGAUAAAAUGGUUCUUAAACUGGAUGUAUUCUGGGGAAAUAGAUGAUCUGCUUUCCAUGUGAAAAAUUCCAGCUGUCUUACUCUAUUAGCUAGUGAUAAGCUGUAAGAUAAGUGAAGGCCUGCAGUUACUAUGUGGCUGUUUGCUCCUUGUUUACCAGUCAAGAUAAAUUUAGGAUAGUCCAUUUCCACUCAUCCCUGCUCAGAGGGCACCGAAUUGCAAAAUGGGAGCAGCUAUUAAUAACAAGGUCCAGUUGAUUUUCUUCAUAAGAUUUAGAGCGCUGCCUCAGCUUGGAUGGGCAUGAAAUUUCUCAUCAGUACAGAAGAUUAAUCAUUUUCAUGGAAAGUGGUGCAGUGCUUAGCGCUGUCCCCUCACAGCGAGACGGUUCCAGGUUCAAAUCCCAGUCUGGGCCCUUCUGUGCAGAGUUUGCAUGCUCUCCCUGUGCCUGCAUGGGUUUCUCUGGGUAAAUUCUCAAAAACAUGCACGUGUGUGUGUGUGUGUAUAUUUUUUAAUUUUUUUUUUUUUAAACAUAUUUUGGUGUGUAAAUGAUUCAUACUUACUAAAAGGUGUGGAAUUGGUCCAGUAGAUGGAAGCUGUGAACCCUGACGCAGCUGCAGCGGCUGCCUCAUAACCCUGUGAAGCAGCCCCAACUGUUGUGUCUGGCAAAAGGAUCCCUGCAGAGACACACCUUUUUGUUACAGAGUAAAUUCCUUUCUUGUUUUACCAGAAAGUGGCCUCACUCAGAGAGAAGUCUCACUCUGAAAACUCAGGAGAGAGAUUGACUUGUUGCAGUUAUUACCUCAUCUAGAUUGCUGAAAUUAGCCGGUAUUCAAAGUAUUCAGCCAUGACUUAGGGAAUAAAUUCUUGCUGGCAGUUCCUUUCAGUAGACUCCAAACUCCUGUCUCCAGCUUUACCUGUCAUCUCUCUGCAACAACUCACCUCUCCCCUGAUUUCAGAGUGAGGCUUCAUAACAGAUUUGCUUUUCUAACAGAAAGGCCUGUCUCUGUGAUGUUGUCGGGCAGUCUUUGCCUCUGACUCGUAAAAAAAAAAAGCACUUUUAAUGGACAUAACUUUGAUGGUGGAGUUUGUUUAAAGGAUUACUUUGCAGACAUUGAAGCCACAUCACUGCUGCCAACUGAUGUGAUCUACUGCACCAGUUCCAAAACCUUUGCUAAGUGUGAAUCAUUUACACACCAAAAUAUGUGGACAUAGGUCCUAGGUUUGAAAAUACUGGAAUUCCCCUUUAAGGUGAACUACAGAUCCCUUGCAUCUUUAGGCAAGAACCAUCCAAUCAGAUUAAAAUAUGUGCUCUAAAGAAUUAAACUAAAGAUUACAAAUCUGAUUUUUAGAAUCUGCUGCUUACAUUAAUUUACUUUAUGGAUUCAGGGUCAAUUUUCAAUAAACUUUAAUUUUAUGUUUUGUUUGCAACUGCAAUACCAAAGUGUUUUUUUUCCCCUUAGUAAACAUGUGCAUUUCAUCAUUUUAUCCAUAAAGAGUUACUAAAAAUGUAAACAGAAAUAACCCUGACCUUAACUAUAGUUUGGGCGUUUGUCACAGUGGACUUCAUACUUAAUCUUUUAUCAUAUGUGCACCAACUCUACUUUAUACAUUACAGUAGAGCAAAAAUAAACAAUAAAAAAAUGUAUUGGAUUCUAACUGUUAGCUUGCAGUUGCUUAGAUAUUCAAGGUGUUGCAUGAUCAUUUUGUUCUGAAGGUUGUUAUUCUGAAUUGUGGAUACUGGGGAGCUCUUAGCACAGGGUGCUAUCUGCAACACAGUCACAAUUCUUCACCAAAAGGAUUGUCCGUCCGAAGGUUUAUUCCUGCAUUCAGUUUCCUAUUGCAGUUGUGGUGACGUGGAACUAGCCAUACUAAAUAUCCAUUUCCAAAGUGCUUCUCUUUGUUUACAGAUUUAAAAUUGCAAGAUUUUAAAUGCUUAUUGUUUUGCAGUUAGUCUCAUAGAAGUGACUGACAUUUUGAUACACUAAAACAAGACUUCUCUCAACACUGUACCUGUUUGCCUUUGAAGCCCACAAAAGUCUUUCCUCAGUAUUCAUUUCAUAUCCAACAUCUAGGCAAAGGAAACUGACUGUGCAGUUCUGUGUUUUAUUUAUUUUUUUUUUCAGUAGCAUAAUUUAUGCAAAAGGUGUUUUAUAGAUGUUGUAAAUUAAUAUAUUAAUACAUAUAUUACGUAAAUAAAUGACAAGCAAAUAUUGAGCCAACA